CGGUGUGAGCGGGACUGUAUUCCAGACUGCAGCAGGGCUAUCCAUUAUAUAGUCCAGAACUGGAGGGGUUUCUGUCCACCCAACCCGCAGAUAUACACAUGAUAAGUCUCGAGUUGCAACAUACCAAGUGUCGUCACUGUCCAUGAGCUUAAGUUCUUGAAACAACAACCUGGCCUGAAGAUGAAUUUCCCACCACCACCGUCAUCGCCGUCGUCGUCGCCGUCCAGCAUCGAACUCACGCAGACAUUCCACCACUCCACGGCCCUCUACGCCUACCACAUCCGCUGGACGGCCCUUGGAGACACGGCCUCGCCACCGGUCGUCUUCGUGCACGGCACGCCGUGGUCCUCGCGCGUGUGGCACGCCUACGCACAGUCGCUCGCGCGGUACUUCCACGUCUACCUGUUCGACAACCCCGGGUUCGGCGACAGUCCGCUCGGCGAGCCCCUCCCAGGCAAAGAAGGCGUCAUCAGCCGCGAAGUCGCGCUGGACGCCGAUCUGGCGCAGCAGUCGGAGGUGUUCGCCGCGCUCUACAAGUCCUGGGAGCCCGAGUGGCGGGGCGCCCGCAAGGCCCACGUGGUGGCGCAUGACCAUGGCGGUCUGAUGGCUCUGAGAGCGCAUCUGCUGCAUGGUUGCGAGUACCGGAGUCUGUGCCUGAUUGACGUCGUCGCGCUAGGGCCGUUCGGACAGCCCCUCUUCAAACUGGUGGCAGAGAACGAAGGGGUGUUUGCCGCAUUGACCGGGCCGGUGUUUGAAGGCGUCGUCGAGGCGUACAUCCGGGACGCGGCGCACCGUGACCUCGACAGGGAAACCAUGGAAAUGCUGAAGAGGCCCUGGAUCGCGAGCGAGGAGGGGAGGAAGGGCUUCGUUAGGCAGAUGGUCCAGGCCAACAGUCGCAGCACGGAGGAGGUCGAGGGCAGAUAUCACGAGGUUGGGAAGCAAAUGCCAGUAAGGGUCAUCUGGGGAAAGGAGGACAAGUGGAUUCCCGUCGGGACAGCGGAGAGGUUGAAGGAGAAGCUGGAUGCUAAGGACGUGGUGAUCAUAGAAGGAGCGGGUCAUCUGGUAAUGUAUGAUCAACCAGGGAGAUUAGGGGUUGAAUUGGGAUGGUGGUUGGGUAAUAUGAACUAAAAUAUAGAAAGAGGUUGAAAGAGGUUCGAUGGUGGAUGAUAGAGCAGCUCAGCGACGCUCAUCGAGGCUCAUCC